AUGAAAACCAGUCCGAGUAUUCAUUCACAUUCAUUUAUCAAUGCACAACGGCAGAAUCGUCGUCGUCGUUAUUCGAUGAGUUCACCGCAAAUAUUCGAAUCGCGAGCAGACACUACUCUUCAUCAUUCUGAUGCUCUUUCAAAGAAAGUCUCACGUGGAAAGUUUUCGAAAAUCUAUUCGAUAUCAUCGAAUUCUAAUCUAUUGUUUCCAUCGAAUGAGACUAAUUCAGAAAAGUAUGAUAUUUUGUCAAAGCUGAACACUGGAGCAUAUGGUUCGAGUUAUUUAAUUCGAGAUUCGAACGAUGGACAAAUAUAUCUGCUCAAACGGAUUGAUGAUUCCUUACCCGAUCGAUUUCGACAACGUCUAUUGGAAGAAAGACGAUUAUUAGGUUGUCUAAAAUCGACUUAUAUUCUUGCUCUAAUUUCGGCUUAUACGGAUACGCAACAUCAUUGUUUUUCGAUGAAAUUCGAAUAUAUUCAUGGAAUAACAUUAUUACAACUGUUAAGACGCUUUCGUUGGUUUGAAGAGUCAGUUGUAGCCUUCUACAGUGCACAAAUUGUACUCGCAUUUGAGUAUUUCCACGAACUAAAUCUUAUUUAUCGAAAUCUCAAAUUAGAAACUAUUCUUCUGACAGAUCAUGGUUAUAUCAAGCUAAGUGAUUUUGCAUUCGCAAGAUUGUUACCAUCCAAUACAAGUUCAACUCGUUCCAUCGUCGGUGUACCUGAUCUAAUGCCACCGGAAAUGCUUUUAGGUCAACCGUACUCGUUCUCUGUUGACUGGUGGCAAUUAGGCAUUGUUAUGUUUGAAAUGUUAACAUCAUAUUCACCAUUUUACGCUUCGUCGAUGAUACAAACACACGAAAAUGUUCUUUGCAAUCGUCGCGCUAAAUUUCCAUUACGACUCAGUAGUUCAGUCAAAUCUACUUGUCGGUUGUUGCUCCAACCUAAUGUAAAGAAACGACUGGGUUGUUCGAUCAUAGGUAUGGACGCAAAGGAAGUGAAGCAAAAUCUCUGGUUUCAGAAUCAUAUCAAUUGGACGUCGAUCAUCGAACAAUCGUACCCAUCNAUGAUACAAACACACGAAAAUGUUCUUUGCAAUCGUCGCGCUAAAUUUCCAUUACGACUCAGUAGUUCAGUCAAAUCUACUUGUCGGUUGUUGCUCCAACCUAAUGUAAAGAAACGACUGGGUUGUUCGAUCAUAGGUAUGGACGCAAAGGAAGUGAAGCAAAAUCUCUGGUUUCAGAAUCAUAUCAAUUGGACGUCGAUCAUCGAACAAUCGUACCCAUCACCAUAUAAAAUUUCCGAUUUGUUGACGAACUCCAAACAAACAACGUCGUCUAUGUUGAACUCAAUCGAAUCGAAAUGGCUAGACGAAUACGAUCAAGCGGUUCGAUCAUUAACGAAAAUCAGUUUCGAAGAUGACUAG